AUGUUGCACGACGCUACCCACCUCGCGCCCGCGUUUCAAACUAUGAGUUACGACUGUGAAAGAGUGCCCAUCAAACGCGAAAACGAAUGUCCUGAAGAGGACGAAUACUACGGUUACGCGCCGAUCCAAGUCAAACGUGAUACGGAAAUGCAGGGUUUCGUGUCGUCUUCACCAACACACCUCAUGGACCUCAGCAACGGGUCAGAACGGCCGCUUCAACAACCUUGGCCUGCAAAUGUUAUAUUCGAUAACGAAGAAAGGGAUUACCAGCAACAGUUCGCAUACGAUCCCAUGUACGACCAACGGCAGCGGCAGUACCGAAACUUUUAUUUUGAAGACUCAAAUUCCCAAGACAGACUGGGCCCUUACUACGAAGCCGAGGCGCCCUCCGUGGAGUCAACGUACCGCGCUUCAACUGAAGAACACAGUGAGGAGAGCGACGAGCAUAGACGAACAAAGAAAAGGUCAUCAAAAUCGUCUCGCAAGAAAACUCAAUCCUUCGAAGAGAUGCAGAUACAACGAGUGAUGGCGAAUGUGAGAGAGCGGCAAAGAACCCAGAGCUUGAACGAGGCGUUCGCGAGUUUACGACAAAUCAUUCCAUCUCUGCCCAGCGAUAAACUAUCCAAAAUACAGACCUUGCAAUUGGCUACCCAAUAUAUAGAAUUUUUGUACCAAAUCCUGUCUAACAGUGAAUCUACGGCGAGUAGCGAUAGCAGUGAUGCCGGGAGCGAACACGGGAAAUACUUAGCACAAGAUAAACUAAGCUACGCCUUUUCUGUAUGGAGAAUGGAAGGCGAGUGGACCAAUGGUCAAACGUGA